CCGGCAGCGCGGAGCGCCGGGGUGCGUGGCUCUAGGGUAGGGCGUCGGAGUGCGGAGUCUCCCGGCCGGGCUGGCGUCCCCUCCCACUGGCUCCGCGUCUCCUCCCUCCUCACACCCCCGCCCCCGGGACCGCGAGUCUCCCUUCCCGCACCGGCCGGGGAGUGCACAAAGCGGCUGGUGAGGGGAAGCGCGGCAGGCGUGCACGGAGCAGUGAGAUCACUGGCGUUAUAAAUAUCCCGGUGCCAGCGCCGAGAUCGGCUCCGGUGGCCUCUCUCCCGCUCUCUCUCCCCCUCUCCCUCUGCCUUCCCCGAGGCUAUGUCCACCCGGCGCGGCGAGGGGGGCAGCGUCAGAGGCACGCAGCCGCGCGGGGGCUCCGGAGCCCAGAGUCAGCCCUGCAAGAUGCGUUUAGGACCCCCGCGGCUGGAAGAAUGAGCUUGUCCUUCUUCCUCCUCCUCCUGCUCAGCCACCUGAUCCUCAGCGCUUGGGCUCACGAAGAGAAGCUUGUGGCCCUCAAGGGGCAACCCGGAUCCGCGGCGGCGGCUCGGAAUCCGGGAGACUCCAGCAGCAGCCGGAGCGGUAGUAGCGCGACGUCUUCCGCGUCUUCUGCGCCCUCUUCCCCCGCGGCUUCUCGGGGCAGCCAGGGCAGUGGCUCAGAGCAGGGCAGUUUCCAGUGGAGUCCCUCGGGGCGCCGGACCGGUAGCCUCUACUGCAGAGUGGGCAUCGGUUUCCAUCUGCAGAUCUACCCGGAUGGCAAAGUCAACGGCUCCCACGAAGCCAAUAUGUUGAGUAUUUUGGAAAUAUUUGCUGUGUCUCAGGGGAUUGUAGGAAUACGAGGAGUUUUCAGCAACAAAUUUUUAGCGAUGUCAAAAAAAGGAAAACUCCAUGCAAGUGCCAAAUUUACAGAUGACUGCAAGUUCAGGGAACGAUUUCAAGAAAACAGCUACAAUACUUAUGCUUCAGCAAUACACAGAACUGAGAAGACGGGGAGGGAGUGGUACGUAGCCCUGAAUAAAAGAGGGAAAGCUAAGCGAGGCUGCAGCCCACGGGUCAAACCCCAGCACGUCUCUACCCAUUUUCUACCAAGAUUCAAGCAAUCGGAGCAGCCAGAACUGUCUUUCACUGUUACUGUUCCUGAAAAAAAGAAGCCGCCUAACCCCGUCAAGCCAAAGGUCCCCCUCUCCACGUCUCGCAGAAGUCCCAACACAGGGAAAUACAGACUCAAGUUUCGCUUUGGAUAAUGCUUGUGUUGGCCUUGGGAGAAACCCUUGUAUUCAUUCCAUCAGGAAUUUCUACAGGUGUCUUCCAAGCUCUGAAGAAAAAUUUUCGGACACAGCUUCAGCUAACCUUACACUGUCUGGAAGCCAGGUCACUUGUUUCAGUUGGACUGAAACAAAACUGUUUUUUGAUAGGAAUGGAACUGGAAUUCCUUGUACCACUACAAGGAAUAUACUGCUUUGGUUCAGGAACACGGAAAGCCUUUUGCUUUCUACUUAGGGGAUAUUUAGAAUUCUGCAUUUCAGGAAGUUAAAUAGCCUGGACUUUGUAUUUUUGACUUUUAUAGAUCUACUCAAAAAUACAUUAUGCAUUUUUAUUUUUGGUUUCCAAAGAAUAUUUUGAUGCAGAUAAAAUAUUUUAUUAACUUUUUUCUUUUAUUUUUAAAGUAACUCUGCAUUGAGCAUAUUUUCUUACUUUUCUUAUUUCAAUUAAUAUCACAUUAGUAAUCAUUUUAAUGCUGUUUAUGAAUUAUAAAUAAGUUUGUAGCUUAUUUGUAACAUGGAUUUCUUUUGUAUUUUUCUAUUCAAUACUUUAUUGUUAUUUUUAGUUUUUUUUUUUCUUAGCCACACCUCAGGUAAUGUUUAGUUCUACAUUAUAAAGUGUUUAAAUUCUCUUGCAUAGCACCAAAGGCUCGGUUUGAAUUUGUAUGUGUUUGUAUGUGUAAAUUCACGAAAUGUGGAACCUUACCCUUUUAGUGGCUGAGUUGUAUAGUAAUGGUUAGAAGUAAGAAGAAAAACCUAAGGACAUUUUGAUGGAAUUAAAUGUAAGAGGUGAGGAGUAAGGUUAGAAGUGAAAGCACACUACGCGUGUAGCACUGAUUGGGAUCUAAUUCUGUCUUCCUUUGCUUCACCUUUUACCUACCGCCUGCCCUCAUUCUUGAACAGCUGAAGGAAUACAUAUUAUCUGUCCAUUAAGCAUACGCUGUGAAAUCAGAGAGCUUAAAAAUGCUUCUGUGAGCCUCUGCCAUGCUUACAGUGUAGAUCCACAGGGAGCGUGACCACUCAGAGGGGGGAAGAUGGAGCCUGAAUGAGAAGAAUCACUGAACAGCUACCCAUAUCAAGUCAUUCUGUCCAAAUAUUCAUAUUACUCAAACAUCCUUUGGGUAUCCCAUCCUAAAAGUAACAAUUCCAGUGAAUAGAUCUGCCCUUUUAUAAGGAAACUUUCUGAUGUAUAUUUUAAAAAAGCUGGCUUGUGAUAUGGAAAACUUAACGUAGCAAUUGGAUGAGUUGAAAAUGACAUUUCAUUGUCAACCCAAGUGCUGAAUGAUGCACAUAAAUCACAGAAAAGUUAACUUAUGAAUAUUUACAAAAUAUAUUUUCUUGGGCGAUAAUUUUUAUGGUGUUCUAUGGAAUACAGUGUUCAUCUUAUAUUCAGAAAUGUUGCAAUAAAAGGUGUAGUUUGUGGGAA